CCGAGACAUGGUCAUCCUCUUGUGCUGCACGCGGGCCAUAAUAAAACAUGACGCCGCAUCCAGUCCUCCCCCUUGCCUCGCUCUUUCCUCCCGUUGAUCCUUCUCCACGUUCGUAUCUGGCUAUAAUAUCAUCUCACUCUUGAGCAUUCAAGAGCCCGCUUGCUUCUCCUUCUUUGCUCCUUUCCAACUUCUUCCAGUCACUCGCUAAUAGCAGCUACGCACUCUCUCGCUUCCGUGCCAGCUCGCCUAUCAACAACGUACAUUGCUACUAGAUUUGCGCCUUGUCAUCUCAAACGACUUCAGCAACAAACAGUCGUCUCAUCUCCUCAUACACCAGACUUCGUCACACAAAGCAAUCAUGUUCAGCAAGGCUCUUACCUCGGCCAUCGUGGCCCUCGCUGCCACCCGCAUGGUCUCCGCCCAGACCUUCACUGACUGCGACCCCCUCGAGAAGACAUGCAGCCCUGAUGCUGCCUUUGGCAAGAACAGCGUGAGCUGUGACUGGACCAAGGGCGCGUGCAGCGCCUUUGAGGGCCUGCCUGGCACCACCGUCUCCUACGACAGCAAGGGUGCCAUCUUCUCCAUCGAGAAGGAGUCCAACGCGCCCACCAUGGCCACCCACAAGCGCAUCUUCUUUGGUCGUGUCGACGUCGAGCUCAUCGCCGCCGCCGGCCAGGGCAUUGUCACCUCGCUCGUCUUCGAGUCGGCGGACCUCGACGAGAUUGACUGGGAGUGGGUGGGCGGCGACAACGAGCAGGUCCAGAGCAACUACUUUGGCAAGGGCGACACCACCACCUACGACCGUGGCGCCUACCACCCCGUCUCCAAACCCCUGACCACCCUCCACAAGUACUCGCUCGACUGGACCAAGGACCGCAUCAACUGGGAGAUUGACGGCGAGGUUGUCCGCACCCUGACCUACGACGAGGCCAAGAGCGGCACCCGCUACCCCCAGACCCCCAUGGAGGUCAAGAUAGGCACCUGGGUCGCUGGCGGCAAGAACAGCGCCAAGGGUACCGUCGAGUGGGCGGGUGGUUACACCGACUUCGACAAGGCCCCCUUCAACGCCUACUACAAGUCCAUCUCCAUUGUCGACUACGCUGGCGGUGAUGCCCCCACCACCGACGACAUCAAGGAGUACGUCUGGACCGACCACACUGGCUCCUACGAGUCUAUCAAGGUGGUCAAGGGCGACGGGUCCUCCGACGACUCCAAGGACGAGCAGGACGACUCCAAGGAUGACAAGGAGACCACCACGUCGGCCUCCAAGACCAAGACCGUUGUCAAGACCACCUCCACCUCCGAGACCUCCGCCGAGGCCACCUCCACCUCUGUCACCACCAUGACCACCGUGAGCGCUACCCCUACUCCCACCGAGGAGGCUACCUCCAGCACCACCGAGACGACGGAGGAGACGUCCACCACCGCCGCUGGUGAGCCCAGCACCGUCCCUGACGCGCCUGGUGCCGCUGCCGGCGUCCUCGCCAACUUUGGCCGUGUCGCCUUUGCCGGUGCUGCGGCCGUCGCCGUUGCCCAGCUCUUCUAAGCGGAUUACAGCGGGGGCUUGCUUUCUUUUUGGUUCUUGCCUUCUCUUCUGGCUGUACACAUUCUCCAUCAUAGUUACGACAGGAUAUAUGUAGCAUGACAAAACCAGCAUGGGCUCGCUUACGGGGCUUUCUUUUUUACAUACGCGCACCUGUUCCGGGCCCUUAAUAGGGUCCUGUCGCUUGACGCGCUGGGCCUGACAACAGCAGACGGACGGACGGACGGACAACUCAGUCACGGGUAGAUGCUACGUGUUAGAUGACAAGCGACUGUUUUCUCGGUUUGCUUUUUUUUGGAUACUCUCUUUGGGGGGGAGUUAGAUAGCUGAGCAUGGCUUUUCGUCGAAGCCUUUUUACUUACGACUUUUGAUUGAUUGACUGUUCCUACG